CUGAUUAACUCACAAAACUCAUGAAGUCCAUAUAUCAAGUCACAAGUAAACAGCCCCUUAGUGUAUAUACAAUAGAGUGAGUAUACACUGAAUUAACAUGUUAUGUUGCUGCCUUGUUUGUGGAACAGAUAAAGUAGCCUUGGAAUUCUCUAUCCUAAUUGCGGCAGUCAUGAUCCUUCUUACUAUGUAUACAUUUUGGGCCACAUGGAGGAAAUAUGACGAUUUUACCGUUCUUAAACCAUUCUUAUGUUCCGUUAUCUUUGUGGCACUAUUGUUUACAAUUAUUCAGAUAUUUUUGCCUCAAGGGAAGUUCGUUAAUGCGUUGCUGUUUGGGGCUUUGGCAACGAUACUUUACAGUACAAUGAUCAUAUACUAUACAAGAUUAACCGUCACCAUCUAUUUUUAUGAUGAUAAAUGGAUGGAGGCCGUUGUUGAUCUUUACACUGCACGAGUGAUAUGUGUAAGGCGAGAGAAGAGAUCUGUAGCACCCCUUGCCGGGCCGGGAAGGCUAGGGCAAGAAGUGCCACCUCUAGUGCUGGAGCACCAAAGCGUCAAUUAACUAUUCCAUUAUUUUUUAAAUUUAUCUCCUGAGUCAUUUUCUUUUAAAAUGUGCUGAUAAUGGGGGAAAUUAAUUUGGAUGGUCACUUUAACUUUUAGUAAGUUUCAAAUUGGUCACUCAACUUUAAAUUGA